GUGAGCGGGGCGAGCGGGGCGCUGGUGGUGAGCUCGCGGCUGGACCGGGAGGAGCUGUGCGGGAAGAGCGCGCCGUGCUUGCUGCGGCUGGAGGUGCUGGUGGAGCGUCCGCUGCGCGUCUUCCACGUGGAGCUGGAGGUCACGGACAUCAACGACAAUGCCCCCAUCUUCCCCGCCGCCCGAAAAAACAUCAGUUUACCCGAGAAUUCUCCUCCCGGGUCUCGGUUCCUGCUUGAGGGCGCGUCGGAUGCAGAUAUUGGAGUGAACGCGCAGCUGUCCUAUACAGUGAGUUCCAGCGAGCAUUUCAGAGUAGAGGAAGAAAACAGUAACUCGCGCAGUAAGUCCCUGUUUCUGGUGCUCACCAAAUCACUGGACCGGGAGACAAUUCCUGUGCACCGGUUGUUGCUGACGGCGAGUGACGGGGGCCGGCCGUCUCUGACGGGCACAGUGGAACUGGUGAUCUCGGUGCUGGAUGUGAACGACAACGCACCCCAGUUCAACCAGUCGGUGUAUAACGUAGUUUUGCCCGAGGACGCAUUAGAGGGGACGCUGGUGGCGCAGCUGAACGCCUCGGAUUCAGAUACGGGAAUAUAUGGCGAAAUGGUUUAUGAAAUUGAUACUGUUGUUCCUCCCUCUGCCUCAGAUAUGUUCAGUAUCGAUACAAAUAGGGGAGAGAUCAGACUGAGGGGAACACUGGACUUCGAAGCAGUUACUUUAUACGAACUACACGUUAAAGCAACAGAUAAGGGUACACCCCCACUGUCGGGUCACUGCAAGGUGGUGCUGGAAGUGCAGGACGUGAACGACAACGCGCCGGACGUGUUGGUGACGUCGCUGUCGGUGCCAGUGCCCGAGGACGCGUCGGUGGGGACGGUGGUGGCUGUGCUGAGCGUGUCGGACCGGGACUCGGGGGCGAACGGUCGUGUGCGGUGCUGGGUGUGGCCGUCGGGUCCGUUCGGUCUGGAGGCGACGUUCUCGGGGUCGUACUCGCUGGUGCUGCGGGAGGCUCUGGACCGGGAGACGAUUCCCGUGCACCGGCUGUUGCUGACAGCGAGUGACGGGGGCCGACCGUCUCUGACGGGGACGAUGGAGCUGGUGAUCUCGGUGCUGGAUGCAAACGACAAUGCACCCCAGUUUAACCAGUCGGUGUAUAAAGUGCAGCUGCCGGAGAGCGCUGCAGAGGGUAUGCUGGUGACGCGGGUGAACGCCACGGAUCCCGAUGUAGGAAGCAAUAGUGAGCUGAGCUACACUGUGACGAACUUCUUUCCGCCAAGUAGCAAAGAUGUGAUUUCCAUCAAUCCGAAGACCGGGGAGAUUCACCUCACGGGAAACCUGGACUUCGAAGAAGUCAACAUAUUUGAUUUUCGCAUAGAAGUGAGAGACCAAGGGACACCUCCGUUGUCGGGCCACUGCAAGGUGGUGUUGGAAGUGCUGGACGUGAACGACAACGCGCCAGAGGUGUUGGUGACGUCGCUGUCGGUGCCGGUGCCCGAGGACGCGUCGGUGGGGACGGUGGUGGCUGUGCUGAGCGUGGCGGACCGGGACUCGGGGGCGAACGGUCGUGUGCGGUGCUGGGUGUGGCCGUCGGGUCCGUUCGGUCUGGAGGCGACGUUCUCGGGGUCGUACUCGCUGGUGCUGCGGGAGGCGCUGGACCGGGAGCGGGUGUCGGAGUACGAGGUGGAGGUGCGUGCGGAGGACGGCGGGUCGCCGUCGCUGCGCGGCAG